AUGGACAAGGAACUCUCAAUCCUCUGUUUCGGUAACUCUCUAACCGCCGGAUACUACCAUUUCGGAUGCGACUAUCAUCCAUACGCCUUGACACUGAAAGAUAAACUACAGGCAGCCUUUCCCACCACCACAUUCACUGUUGACGUGGAUGGCCUUCCAGGCGAUUUGGUCAUCAGCCCUGUCGGAACAUUUCUGCCUCGAAUCCAAGCAAAAUUUGACGGAUCCAACUAUGACUGGGUUAUCAUUCUUGGGGGAACAAAUGAUCUCGGGAGAGGCUAUCCGGUUUCGAAAAUAUACCCUGCUCUGCAAGAGGCGUGGGAAGUGGCUCUAGACAGCGGCGCAAAUGUUCUCGUUCUCACUAUUCCAGAAUGCUCGGUCGUCAGUACGACGCUUGACGCGCGGAGGAACGAAGUAAAUUCGUCCAUACUCAGUCAUAAAGCAGAGGGAUUCCACGCGUUUGACCUGCACGGGAAAGUCCCGUAUCACAGCGCCACAGAGGAAUUCAGGAAGAAAAUCUGGGAUGAUGGAUUGCAUCUAACUGCCGAGGGGUAUAAACUCGUGGGUGAGGUAGUCGGUGAGCAUUUGAUUGCGCUGCUCAAGGACAAAGGUUUAUAA